AUGAUUAAACUACAAAUAACCACGAAGAUGAAAGAUUUGCAAUCUGCGAAAGUCAGAAUGAGAAGGUUUGAAGUGAGUGAAAAAGAGAGUGAACCGUUCCUGCAAACACUUUUGAAAGAGAGUGCACCGUGUUUUCUCGUCCAAAUUCCAAAGUUGUAUUUAAAAGACGGUCUUUCAUUGUAUGGAAUAUUUGAUGGGAGUAAAGAGAUUGAACUUAAAGUCUUCAAAGCAAUCAAACAGGGCAUUUACCCAUCGAAACAUCCCCUUGAUAUCGCUAUUUUACCCGAUUUAGAUGUGUUUGGCGAGGCUAUGUUAGUCAUGUUCGCGGAAAUCCAUCGCAGAUAUGUCAUGACUGAAGAAGGUCUCCAAGACGUCUACGGGAUAUGGGAGCUCCGCGGAUUUGGUCAUUGCGACAACCCGUCAUGUAAUGACUUUGGUCUUAUUCCGAAGGGAAGCCUAGAUGAAAAAGAGUUAAGUGUAGUUUGUGGGAAGUGCGGGAAGGUAGUACAAUUGAAGGAGUACAAAUACUCUUUUUUUCCUGCAAUGUACGAUGACUUCUUUUUCUUCAAAUACAGCCACUUGAUACCUUUGUCUGCUAAGACACAGAAUUAUCAACACAAAAUAUACGGGUUUGUCGUUGCUCCCCGUGAGAUGGAAGACAUCGUUGUGGCAAGGAGGUACGCCGUGAAACUCACCCCACGCACCAUUUGCAAAAAAAAGGAUUGA